AAAAGCUUCUUUAGUUCCCCAUUUUCUUUUACUUAUCCUUGAUUCUGAGGAUUCUCAUUCAGCCUUGCUUAGAUGCCUCCUCUAUCUCCUCCUCCGCUACCACCACCGCCGCCAAGCCCUCUCGUGCCUCCGUCGGCAAGUUCACCGUCCCAUGAAGCAGCAGCUCUACCAACAACCAUACCAUCCCCUGCCUCAGCAGCAGACACUCAAGCAUCUGCUGCUCUUAUCCCUGCUGCUUCACCUUCAAGACAGGCAGACCUGACUCCUUUGGAGCAAAUAGUCAUACAAAAUCAAGCUACUAGACCACAGACUCCACUACUGAAUCCAAAUACCAUAGAUUCCAGUAACUACAGAAAAUCACAAUUACUACAGCAAGCUCGGCCACGCCAAACCAAUCCAAUUAUAUGGUGUUUUGCAAUCUUGUGUCUCAUUUUUAGUCUUCUCCUCAUCUUCCUUGGAAUUGCAACUUUGAUCAUUUUCUUGGUUGUUAAACCAAGAAAUCCUAUGUUUGACAUACCCAAUGCGAGCCUCAGCACCAUCUACUUCGACGCACCAGAAUAUCUCAAUGGGGACUUCACCGUUCUCGCAAACUUCACCAACCCGAAUCACAGAAUCGAUGUAAGAUAUGAAAAUGCAGACAUAGAGCUCUUUUUUGGGGAUAGACUCAUAGCAACUCAAGCAAUCCAGCCUUUCAGUCAAAGAAAGAGAGAAGUGAGGUUACAACCUGUUCACCUGAUAUCCAGUCUGGUUUACUUGCCACAGAAUUCCGGGUUCAUACUUCGACGGCAGGUACAGAACAACAAAGUUAUCUAUAACAUCAGAGGAACUUUCAGAGUUAGAGCUUCACUGGGUGCCGUCCAUUACUCAUACUGGUUGCAUAGCCGAUGCCAGUUGGUGAUGACUAGUCCACCAACCGGUGUUUUAGUUGCUCGGAGUUGCAAGACCAAGAGGUGAAGAAGCGAAAUGUAUAUAAUUGUAUACCUUCUACAAUAUCACUGCAUGGAUUGUCCAAAUUACAGAUAUGAAUAUAAGUCCUGAACAGGUUUGAAACAUCAGUUAAACAC